GGAUUAUUGAUUUAUUAUUGCAUUACCGAGGGAUCCUUACAGUCUCGGGCUUUGUACCUUCUACUCGUACCUGUAUUCUAAGACCGUGCCUUCUAUUUCUCAACCAUCGUAUGAGUUAUCGCGCGAAUGAUUUCCUCUUUUGAAUGUUCAGAUUUCUCCAUAAGUACCUAGGUGCAUGCUAGUUGUAGUUGCUAAUCUCACGCCAGGAAGGUAUCGCCCGUAGUCAAUCCCCGUUUUCAAAUCUCCAACCCUACAUGUAAAACAAUCGUAAGUUCGCACUUAACCAACAUUUAUUUAUAUCCUACUACAGUAUGUGUAUAAGUUGCUUAUGCCACCAUCUGUGGUAAUAUUCCAACCAGCGAGCCUUGAAACGAUAUUCCGAAGUCAUUUAUAAUGCAGAACUCUAAUCGACCUAACGAUCAAGAUAGUUUGCGCAUAGGCCAGAAACAAGUGGCAGAUGCUCUUGAUGAAGGUUCACCCUCAAUUCUGCAAGAGGAACUUCCUGAGAAUGACGGGCCCUGUGACAACUGUGACGUUUCAAUCCCAAGCGGUCACGCGUGGAUCAAUUGGGACGCCCAUACGACAAACGGCCAGGCUCAGAGCUUGAAACACCAUCGACCGGAAGAUGGAGAUGGAGAAGGCAGUAUAGCAAAGCGCUAUAAGCGUCGGCUCCCUCCACCGGCCACGCCAUCUUCUAGCUCCUUUCAAACUUUGAAAAUCACAAAAUCUAGCCAUGGGAGCGACCAUAUUUAUCUUUCUAAGUUUGAAGAUGUAACUCACGGCCAGACCAGCGGUCCUCUAUAUCAACAAGGACAGACCACCAUGGAUCAAUUGACCCCCUAUCCCACUAGAAGGCCCCAAGGACCUGUUAUCCAGCUUAGUCGCAGCAUCGAAAAGGAAUCGAUGAUCGGGUCGGAUGUUAACAGUAGUCCACCUCUUAUGGGUGGGCAGCGUCUUGUCCCCCCAAUCAUCACGGGUGCAUCUGAAACGAAUAAUGUUUUGCAAAAUUUGAACCAUAGUGAUGGACUGGCUGAUGUGGGAUACCAAACUACAUCGAAUGGCACGAGAAUUCGGGGCGACUACGUCGUCGUCGAAGACGAAUACCCCCUCGAUGAGGAUUUAAUGGAAGAAGACAUGGCUAAUGCGCUUGAUAGUACUUCGGACAAUGCUCAGGAAACGCACUUACCUCCUUCUAGCGUCGUUCAUGCUUGGGAUCAUGACUCAAGGUCGGCAGCUGAAUAUGAUCCGACUUUACAAUACUCAUCACCCUCCUCUUCAUCAGGAAAUCCCGGGGAUUCGCAGUCGGCAACCGUCGUAGGAAAAUCUGUUAACGACGGCAAUCUUCUUGAUGAAGACGUCGACUGGAACGCUGUGUAUGCUAUAACGAGCGUCAUACCGAAAAAUUCGUCGUCUGCCGCUCCUCAAGACGCGAACCGCCGAUUGUUAGGGGAGCAGCCUUCUCGUACGGUGAAAUCUGUCGAGCGUGGUCUGCAUUCCGAAGAUGCAAUACCCUUGAAGCCCUUCGUUCGGUCCACUUUCCCCGAGAAAGUUCGUGAUCGUUCUGCUGUGUCAGGUCUGUCCUCGAACACUGUGCUGCGGACCUGCUUUCGGAUAGGGGAGAUGGUUAACCAGGCAGUACGCUGUUUAACCCACCAACAAGAGGUAGUGUUCGAACUAUUUGCAAGAGUAACAUAUUCAAAUCGAGAGACGCUUGAUAGAAAACAACAUUUUCAAUUUGUUGACUUGUUCAAAGACCAGCAACCAUAUCCUGCGGGGAUACUGACGAACUGGAGAGUCGGUAGCCAGCUAGAUGGCCAAAGUUUGGCUUUUUUAGGCACAGAAGCUAAGCCGAAGAUAUGCCGCUGCGUAUGUCGGCCGAAGAAGGAAGUGAAGGGGGUCAGUCUUGUCAUCCUCUCCAUCGAAGAGAUUGACUGGAUGCAAGUUAGCUGGGCCAAAAUAAUGGUGUGCGGGGAAUGAUGGGUCCUUCUAGAAAUUCCGGUGCGAAAAAGCUGAAGAGAACGGAAAAUGGGCUGACGGUGUGGAUGGAUGGAAGGGAUAUAUGGGUGCUAAGAUCAUUGUAGCUUAUUGAAUGGGUUGCCCUGACACCUUUAGGUAUGAAUGAUGAGUUGGGGAGCUCGCUCUACUCCGUAUGUAUGCUGUGUCUAAGAGGGCACCAAUCAUUUGCAUUUAAUUGCUAUCUGGGUAUGGAUUUAUGUCGUACACACACGGGACGCGAUACAUGAAUGCUGGUGGUACUCAUAAGACCGGAGCACGGGCUGCGAUUCCUAGGACGGUCUGUGGUCAGUAAUAUCUCAAGAUCAGAACACUAGUGGGAGAGUUCCAUGUAGGACUAUGCUGUAGGGUGUUACCAAGGCGCCACCUGGAUGUAAGAGAUAUGAUAGAUGUUUGUUGACGCGUAUUGAUGAGAUGUAGAAGAUGGAUGGAGUGGGCAUACAAGACAAGGUACAUACAUAUCGUGAAGUCAUGUCUCAG